CCUUUCCACAAGCCAUUAGGGUUUGACGCUCUAACCAACCGAGCUAAAAAGAACAAUGGGCGGUAAAGUUUACUUUGAGAAUCAUUAUUAUUUGCAUGGUUAUUGGGGGAGUUUGAUUGAUCGUUAUGAAGAGAUGAUUGAGAAUUAUCAUCCUGGGAUCUACCGUAGAGAAGAGAGAGAGACUAUUUUGAUAGAAAAGGCAACCACCAAAAGAGAAAAGAGAAGAGUAACCUUGUUCCCGAUUUUGUUAAAUCAGUCUCACAAAAACAUCGAUUGCGCAUUCGUUAACCGUUGGAUUUGGCUGAUUUUUGGACAGAAGGUUCACAACAUUCAGGUCUUCGUCUUCAACGGUUGGAUCGGUAAAACGACGUCUGUAGGGGGAGAAAUCGUGUUCGCACAGCACCAGGUUAUCCCUAAUUUAUUUUGUCUCAGUGAUUGUGUUUGUCUCAUUAUUUGUAUGGCUUUGAGAGAAGGUUUGGAGGUUCAUUGUGUUGUUUUGAAAAAUGGGUUUUGUGUUAAUUUGUAUGUUGGGACUUCUUUGGUUGAAAUGUUUGUGAGAAGUUUGGUUUCUUGGACUGCUGUUAUUGUUGGGUUUGCUAGGUGUGGGGAUAUGAGUGAGGCCAGGAAGCUUUUUGAUGUUAUGCCUGAUAGAGAUAUUGUUGCUUCUAAUGUUAUGAUUGAUGGGUAUGUGAAAAUGGGGUGUAUGGAUUUGGCGAGGGAUUUGUUUGAUAAGAUGAAGGAUAAGAAUGUUAUUUCUUGGACUAGUAUGGUUCAUGGUUAUUGUGAGGAUGAUGAUGUUGUGGCGGCUAGGGUUAUGUUUGAUUGUAUGCCUGUCAAGAAUGUGCUUAGUUGGAAUGCGAUGAUUAGGGGAUAUUGUGAGAAUAGACGACCGCACGAUGCGUUGAGGUUGUUUUGGGAAAUGAGGGGACGUUUGGAUGUGGAAAUGAAUAAAGUGACGGUUGUGAGUGUUCUUCCUGCUGUUGCUGAUUUGAGUUCUUUGGAUUUGGGUGUUUGGAUUCAUGGGUUUGUGCAAAGGAACCGACUUGAUGAAGAUGUUCAUGUGUAUGCUUUGGUUGAUAUGUAUGCAAAAUGUGGGGAAAUUGGAAAAGCUAAAUUGCUUUUUGAGGAGAUGAAUGAAAAAGAUACAUCGUCGUGGAAUGCUUUGAUAAAUGGUUAUGGUGUCAAUGGUUGUGCGAAGGAAGCGUUAGAAGUAUUCGCAGCAAUGUUACGGGAAGGAUUUGAACCGAAUGAGAUAACAAUGACUAGUGUGUUAUCUGCUUGCAACCAUUGUGGUUUGGUAGAGGAAGGAAGAAGAUGCUUCAAAGAAAUGGAGAGAUUUGGAAUUGUGCCUCAGAUUAAGCAUUAUGGUUGUAUGAUUGAUCUUCUAGGAAGGGUUGGAUACUUGGAUGAGGCUGAAAAUACCGAUUCUACUUCGUCCGAAUCAAACAAUGAAGUGUUGGCAGAAAUUUUUGUGGAUGACGAAGGGGGGUUUGAUGAAGGUGGUUUGGUCUUUUUGGGAGUUGGAGUUUUGGAAUCUGAUUUUGCAGGAGGAGGUUGUUGUGCUGGUUCAACAGGAGGAGUGGUGUCUGAAUCAUCAGAGUUGAUGACAUGA